CUUUCGUUUUGCCUUUUUACUAUCUUUAAUAGACGAUUAAUCUGUAGAGAGGUAUCCGUAAUUCUAUAUAUAUAUUGAAUAGUAGUACUGAAUAAUGCCUGGUGACGAUGCUGAUGAAACUUUCAAAAUUUUAAUUGCAACAGACAUCCAUUUAGGGUAUGGUGAAAAAGAUGCUAUAAGGGGAAAUGAUUCAUUGGUUGCAUUUGAAGAAAUUCUAGACAAUGGAAAGAAACAUGAUGUGGAUUUCAUACUUUUGGGUGGUGAUUUGUUUCAUGAAAACAAACCUUCAAGGAAAAUAUUACAUGGAUGCUUAGCGCUGCUUAGGAAAUACUGUAUGGGAGAUAAACCUAUUCAAUAUGAAUUCUUAAGUGACCAGUCAGUGGAUUUUAGUCACUGUCAGUUUCCAAUUCUGAAUCAUGAAGAUCAAAAUCUAAAUGUCGCAACACCAGUACUUUCCAUUCAUGGUAAUCAUGAUGAUCCUACUGGUCAGGGUAAUCUGUGUGCAUUAGAUUUAUUGCAUACAGCUGGAUUUGUUAAUUAUUUUGGAAAAACAACUUCAUUGGAAAAAAUAGAUAUAAGUCCUUUGCUGCUACAGAAAGGCAACACUAAGAUGGCAUUGUAUGGUCUGGGUUCAAUACGAGACGAGCGACUUCACAGAAUGUUUUUACAUAAAAAUGUGUCUAUGCUGAGACCUAAAGAAGAUAAAGACGAUUGGUUCAAUAUGUUUGUAAUUCACCAAAACAGGGCAAAACAUGGGGCAACAAAUUACAUCCCUGAACAAUUUCUAGAUGACUUUCUUGACCUUGUCAUAUGGGGUCAUGAACAUGAAUGUAGAAUAGACCCAGAAUGGAAUGGGAUUCAGAACUUUUAUGUCAGCCAGCCAGGUAGUAGCAUAGCAACAUCACUUAGUGAAGGUGAAACUGCAAAGAAACAUAUAGGAUUGCUUCAAGUGAAGGGGAAGGAUUUUAAAAUGACAAAGAUUCCUUUGGAAACAGUAAGACAGUUUUAUAUGGAGGAUAUUAUGUUAUCAGACACAAGUCUAAAUCCUGAAGAUCACAAUGUAAACAAACAAGUAGAGGCUUACUGUACAGAGAAAGUGGAAUCAUUGAUUGAAAAAGCAGAAAUGGAACACACGGGGAACAGAAAACAACCAGAGAAACCACUUAUACGACUCAGAAUUGAUUACAGUGGAGGGUUUGAGAUGUUUAAUAGUAAUAGGUUUGGUCAAAAAUUUGUUGACAAAGUGGCAAACCCUAAAGAUAUACUGCAUUUUACUAGGAAAAAAAUUAUAAUGAAGAAAGAAGAUAAAAAUGAUGAGGCACUACAGUAUGCUAUAAGAAAGGAAAACCUAGAGAAAUCAAGAGUAGAAGAUGUUGUGAAAGAUAUAUUUUCACAAGCAGACACACACAUGCAAUUAAAGUUACUCACAGAAAAAGGCAUGGGUGAUGCAGUGGCAGAGUAUGUAGAAAAAGAAGAAAAAGAGGCUAUUUCAGAACUUGUCAAAUAUCAGCUGGAGAAAACACAGGGUUAUCUCAAAACAAGAAAUGCAGAAACAGAUGCUAUUGAUGAUGAAGUGAUUAGGUACAGGGAUGAGAGAAAGAAGAAGAAAGAAGAUGUUCAGGAAGUCCAGGAAGCUAUUCAACGGGCAAGAGCAAAACGUCCAGCUGAUGAUACGGGAUUUGAUGAAGACAGCAAUCCAGAGAAUUCAAAUGAAGAAGAUGAAAUGGAUACAAGUACAAGAGGACGAGGUAGAGGACGGGGACGUGGACGUGGUUCAAGAGGAUCAAGGGGAAGCAGAGGAGGUGGAGAAACUAGUACCAGAGGAACAAGAGGGGGAAGGGGAAGAGGAUCCAAGAAAACACCUGUUGUAGCUGAGAGUCAAAGUAGUAUCAAAAAUGCUUUUGCAUCUCAGACCUCUAGAUCAUCCAGGAAUAAGACUAUGAGUUAUGCAGAUUCAGAGAAUGAUGAUGUGAUGGAAUUGUCAGAUGAUGACCCAUUCAAUGCCUCAUCCUCAUCCAGAAAACCAGCACCAACCAAAAAGUCAGCUCCAAAAUCAAGGGGAAUAACUUUUGAUACUGACUCAGAUGAAGAUAUUAUGCCAGCUAAAAAGAAGAAGCGGUGAUAUUAGGACACAAUUAGACAUUGUUGUUGCCACAUACAGUUGUAUUAUCUGAAAGUUUGUUACAGAGUAAAUUGUUACUGGUUAUUUGUUUUAUUAUGAAAUAUGUCAAUCAUGCAAGCUGUAAUUAAAAUUUUAUAAAUGU